ACCAGCUACCCCUCCCCCACAGCCCACACCCUUCCUCCUUCCACAGGCCCAUGGUGGAAUAGGAAGAUAGAGUCUUAGAGAGAGAGAGAGAUGGUGAAAGAGGAGGGGAUCCUGAGAGGCAGGCAAGGGGGAGGGGGGCUAUGGCCGUCCCGUGAGUGGCUCUGCGAGGUCUGUGAGUCGGCUCCGGCCACAGUGACCUGCAAGGCCGACUCGGCGGUGCUCUGUGCCACCUGCGACGCCGAUAUCCACUCGGCAAACCCGCUGGCCCGCCGCCACCUUCGGGUGCCGAUCCACCAGUACAACCCCGCCGCUUCUGAUAAGUUCUUCAGGGACAACCAGCGCCACCACUAUCACCAAUCUGACAAGAUCACCGCUAUUCAUGGCGGUAUUAAGCAGGACGUCGACGAGGAUGAUGACUAUGAUGACGCUGACGACGAGCAGGAGGCCAAUUCAUGGCUGCUACUGCAGCCAGGCGGGAAGGCCAUAGGUGGGGAGGAUGAUGGCUUGCUACUUGGUGGCGGAGGCCGUGGCGGUGGUGGCGGCGGCGAGGUUGAUGAGUACUUGGACUUGGUUGAUUAUGCGGAGGCAUGCAACGAGAACCAGUCAUACCCACAUGUGCAGAGUCAGUACCAUCAGAAGCAGCAGCCGGAGGAGAAGAAGGAGGCCGAAGGGAAUGACGGCGUUGUGCCGGUACCGUGCCUGGAGCUUAUCAAGGAUCAGCAGCUAAACAACCAGCAGUACCUGGACUUUGAUCUUGAGAAUCCGAAAGGAGGGUAUGGUGGUUACCCUGGCUCACUGAGCCACAGUGUUUCAAUGUCAUCGCUGGAAGCCGGUGUAGUCCCAGACGCUGCCAUGAGUGAAAACUCUGGCUUCUAUUUCACACCCUCAAAAGGAUCAAUGGAACUCUCCUCAGGUCUUACAACCAUGCAAGUUCCGCAAUACAUGGCAAUGGACAGGGAAGCGCGUGUUCUGAGAUACAGAGAGAAACGGAAGAACAGAAAAUUUGAGAAGACAAUCAGAUACGCUUCGCGCAAGGCAUAUGCUGAAACGAGACCAAGAAUCAAAGGUCGGUUUGCAAAGAGAACAGAUGUUGAAAUCGAUCAAAUGUAUUCAACUUCUAUAAUGGUUGAAACAGGUUAUGGAAUCGUCCCCACACUUUGAUGCAGCAAAAAUAUUAGGCCUUGUAUUUUUACUUUCACCAUGUAUUUUAUGUAAGCAGUUCCCAGAAUAAUGUUUCUUCCUAUAAAAUGUUUAUUCUCAAUA